GCCGCUCCCCUUCUGACUCUCCCCGCCUCAUUGAGAUCACAUGGAAUUUAUGUUAAAAAAUAGAAAAAAAACCAACUAGGGGACCAGAAAGAGUGCAAGCAGUGAGCACAAUGGAGCAGAGAUAUUAAAUUGACAGGGAGACUGUGGCUGUGACUGAGACACACAUUAUGGGACAGACCAAUGGAAGAGCACCUAGAAAGAUUUUGCGGCUGACCAUUCAAGAGCAAUCUAAGAUUAUAGAUUAAAAAUCUGAGUUAAAAUAACAGUCCAUCGCAGAAGAAAUGGAACCAUCAAAGUUGCCAUCUAUAACAGAAGACUUUCAGAAACUAGAGUUUGAACCAGAUAAGGGCAUAGAAACUCAUGAGCAGGUCUCUAAAACACAAUGGCAAAGUCACACCAGAAAGAUGAACCACCGGUCCGUACAGAGAGAAAGCUUAAAUGACCUUCCUGAACAUGAAGUGAAAAAGAGCACAGUGAGAGCCUCGGACCGCUCCAUCUCGAGCACUUCCACCUGCUCAUCAAUUACGUAUUCUUCUCCAGAAAGUGACCAGGUAUUCAGUGAAGAAGAAGACCUCCAGAUAAAGCGCAAAACUCUACGUAAGACUAAAUCAUGGAAGACCUUCUUCACAAUGGUCCAUUGGUCCCUUCGACGGCAGAAUUCAUGGGUACAGCUGGCUGGGCACGAAGGUAACUUCAAGGCAAGUGAGCGAGGCCACAUCUUGAAAAAGUUCAGUCCUGUGGAAAACGCGUGUCUGGAAGCACUCAUGCAGGAUGCCCUCAAGCCAUAUGUACCCACCUAUCAUGGCCAGGUGGAGAGAGAGGGUCAAAAGUAUAUCAAGAUGGAGGACCUCCUGAAAGGACUUGAAGGGCCUAGCAUUAUGGACUGCAAAAUGGGUAUAAGGACAUACCUUGAGGAGGAACUUGAGAAGGCCCUACUGAAACCUACCCCACGCAAAGACAUGUAUAACAAGAUGGUGAGUAUUGAUCCGUCUGCCCCCACAAGUGAGGAGAACGAUCUGAGAGCCAUCACCAAGCCUCGCUACAUGCAGUGGAGGGAGACUGUAAGCUCCACAGCAGAGUUAGGUUUCCGUAUCGAAGGUGUCACGAUUGAGGGAGGACCCGUUAAGAAAGACUUCAAGCAAAUGAAAAGCCGAGAAAAUAUCAUGGAGACAUUCAUCAUAUUUACCAAGGGACAGGAGAAUAUUUUGGCCGCAUACGUAAACCGUUUGGAGAGUAUGCACAAAGUACUACAAGACUCCGCAUUCUUUGGUUCUCACGAGGUGAUUGGAAGCUCGCUGCUUUUUGUUCAUGACCGCCGUGGAUUCUCAAAUGUGUGGAUGAUUGAUUUUGGAAAAACAUCUCCAGCACCCACUAACCUUACCCUGCGACAUGAUGUUCCCUGGGAAGCUGGCAACCAUGAGGAUGGCUACCUAAUAGGACUGCAAAACCUAAUUCAAACCAUGCAGGAGACAAUACGCAAAAUAGAGGAAAGCAAGGAAACUCAAGUUAAAGAGUCGGGGGAAGGACAAGAAGAAACAGAAGAUGUAGAAAUUAAGAGGGAAGAGACAUCAACAAUAAUGGAUACAAAUGACACUGUAACAAAGAGAGGACUUUUAGCACAGGAAUAAGCACUAAAGGAAAUGGUCCAAACACCAUCUGCAGAGAAAGGCAACAAGGCAGUGGGACAUAAGAGUUGUUAAGUCUUAUAAACCAGGUUGUGAUUAGCAUAGUUAGCGUGAUGAACUUGGCUCCUUGCUGCUUCAUUCCAGGAAUUGACAUUAACAAACAAACAAAAAAAGGCUUCCUUAAUAUUAGAAUCAUGAUGAAAAGCUGGCCAACUCCAAUAUGGAGUGCAGAUAGAUAAUGCAGGGCUUGAUCUUCCAUGAAGAUGAGGACACUGUAGAACUACAGAUAGUAAACAAAACAUUCAUCCACAUCAGGGAAGACCAGUAUGGACCUCUUCUGUUUGCAUGACUCUUCGGUGGGACUUUCUAACUUGUUGCUCAUUUCUGUCUUUAUCACUGUAUCAUUAUGCUGGGGGUGGGAAGGAGGGGGCACACAGAUUUCUAAAUUUUUGAUGGUCACCCUAUAAUAAAAUGGACUCACGGGUCCCUUUUGGCAGUGUU